GCCAGUCAGACCAGAGAGACAGAGACUAUUCCGCGCUCCACAAGUACUCACAGAGCCAGAGUACCAGUAAGAAGGACGGGAGCGUGGAGGAGAGGAGAUCGAUGGCGAGCAGCAUGGGGGGAGGGAACGCAGGGGAAGGGGAGUGGCUCAAGGUCGCCGAGCUGAGGGCCAUGGCGGAAGCCCAGGACCCGCAUGUCAAGGAGGUGGACAACCUGACGCUCCGGCGGUUCCUGCGGGCGCGCGGCCAUGCCGUCGGCAAGGCCUCGGCGAUGCUCCUCAAGUUCGUGGCGUGGAGGCGGGAGGCCGUGCCCGGCGGCGUCAUGUUGGCGGAGCUGGUGCGGACGGAGCUGUCGCACGAGAUGGCCUACAUGGCCGGAGCCGACCGCGCCGGCCGCCCCGUCAUGCUCGCCUUCCCCGCCAAGCACUUCUCUGCCACCCGCGACAUGGCCGGCUUCAAGCGCUAUGUUGUCUACUUGUUCGACGCCAUGUGUGCCAGGAUCCCUAGAGGGCAGGAGAAGUUUCUGUGCGUCGUGGAUCUAAAGGGGUGGGGGUACGCCAACUGCGACGUCCGCGCCUACAUCGCGGCCAUCGAGAUCCUGCAGAGCUACUACCCGGAGAGGCUGGGCAAGGCGCUGAUGAUCCAUGUGCCCUACCUGUUCAUGAAGGCGUGGAAGGUGGUUCAGCCCUUCAUCGACGCCAACACCAGGGACAAGUUCGUGUUCGUGGACGACAAGAGCUUGGAGGAGACGCUGCGGCGGGAGAUGGAGGACGGCCAGCUCCCGGAGAUGUACGGCGGGAAGAUGCCCAUUGUUCCCCUCGAGUAGAGUGAGGAGGAGCACGGAGGAGGAAUCGAUGUACCUGAAACAAAUUAACCACGCGCGAUGUGGAUGUAACCAGGGGAGUGAGACGAGCGCAGCUUGCUCUCACUCUCUUGCAGCGUUGUGACUGCUUCGUACGUGUGGCCAGCCCAGCCGGUGCUAAAGUCGACGGAUCGAUAAUACGGAAGAACUCUAUGGUACUUAGUGGUAGGUAUAUCGGAUUAUGUCUGGUCACGUGAAGAUACCACCUUUUGUUGCAUCACA